AGUUUCUCUCCCAGGAUCACCACUCCUCCCUCUCACAUGAUAUAGGCAAUCUUACUAUGUCCAUUUAAUAGAUGGACAAUUUGAGAUUCUAGGAGAUCACACAGCGAGUAACUGGCAAAGCUGUGGCUUGAACCUGGUCAAGCUGACCCCACGAGCUGCUUUAUAACUGCCCCUCAGGCUGAGACCGAACAGCCCCAGCCACCACCCCCAGGAGACGGUCCCCCAACCCCCAUGUCCCUGGCAGGCGUGCCUGAGCCCUUGAUUCUCACACCAACCCCUCGAUAGUACUUACUGGUAUCUCCAUUUUGCACAUGUGGGAACUAAAGAUACAUGACUUAUCCAAGGACCCUCAAAGGCUGAGGAUCUCAGUGGGAAAAGCAAGAGACGUCUGGGCUCACAGCAGCGUGGGGAAGUUCGCCCUCUCCAAGGCAGAGACCCUCUCCGUCAGGGUCCCUUCAAGGUCACCACCCCCCUCACCUGUCGGUGUGCACCUUCCUCUGGGACGGCCAACAGCCUGAUGUGGGCUCCAUGCACAGAAGCAGGUCAGGUGGCCAGGCUGGUUGAGGAUGGUGAUGUUACCCCUGCCUGCUCAGAGCCCAGGUGUGUGCCAGUUACUUGGAUUGUGUUCCUGGAAUUCCCAGGAGGAGCACUGGGGCUCCAGAUCCCAGUGUUCCAGCCCUCUGUCCUUGUGCAAACCUUUCCCUUCCCCUCCUUGAACCUUAAUUGCCUCAUCUGUAAAAUGGGGAGCAAUCACAUCGGGGCAUCAGGUACUUUCAGAAGGAGUGGCGGUAUAGAAGAAUUAAUGUCAGUUCAACAGGAAAACGUUCCUACUUUCUCAAGCUGUUGUCAGGGCCAUGCCAUGAAAUGACCGUUAGGCAGGAAAGUCUCUGGAUGCCGCCAGACCCGCGGAGGAGGGCCUGGAAGAGGACCCAGGGUCAAGUCCACACAGGAACUACUGACCACAGCCCAGAUGGAGAAGUUGUAGCAGCAGAACACUUCUUGGAAGACGUUCUGGAAGAGGAGGCACUUGCUCUGGGCCUUGAGGAGCACCACACCCAACGUGGGGCUUGAACUCACAACCCGGAGAUCAAGAGUCACUUGCUCUUCUGACAGAGCCAGCCAGGGCUUUCUGAUUUGCCACUUCCUCCUCCUCUCAGAGUGUCUCUUCUGGGGGCCAAGGUGAGAGGUGAGAGAGGAUGACCACAGAGAUCAGCGCUCGGGGCAGACAGCGUGCCAUUGGGCAUGAGGAAUACAGCCUGUAUAGCAGCCUGAGUGAGGAUGAGCUGGUCCAGAUGGCCAUCGAGCAGAGCCUGGCUGACAAGACUCGGGGCCCAACCACUGCUGAGGCCACUGCGUCCACGUGUGUCAACCGCCAACCUGCCCAUUUCUACCCAUGGACCAGGUCGACUGUGCCUCCCGAGAACCCGCCCGCCUCGGCCCCCAAGGGCCUGUUCCAAGGGGUCAUGCAGAAAUACAAGAACUCCCAGCUGGCGCCUGUGGACCCCGUGCUGAAGGCCAUCAAGGAAGGGGACGAAGAGGCCUUGAAGGCUAUGAUCAAGGCAGGGAAGAAUCUCGCAGAGCCCAACAAGGAAGGCUGGCUGCCACUGCAUGAGGCGGCCUAUUACGGCCAGCUGAGCUGCCUGAAGGCCCUGCAGCAAGCAUACCCAGGAGUCAUCGACCAGCGCACCUUGCAGGAGGAAACGGCCCUUUACCUGGCAACGUGCAGGGGACACCUGGACUGCCUCCGAUCUCUGCUCCAGGCUGGGGCUGAGCCUGACAUCUCCAACAAGUCCCGAGAGACACCGCUCUACAAAGCCUGCGAGCGCAAGAACGUGGAGGCCGUGCGGAUCCUGGUGCAGCACAACGCGGACACCAACCACCGCUGUAACCGAGGCUGGACAGCGCUGCACGAGUCUGUUUCUCGCAACGACCUGGAGGUCAUGGAGAUCCUGGUGAGCAGAGGCGCCAAGGUGGAAUCCAAGAAUGCCUACGGCAUCACCCCCUUGUUCGUGGCAGCCCAGAGUGGGCAGCUGGAGGCCCUGAGGUUCCUGGCCAAAUACGGCGCCGACAUCAACACGCAGGCCAGUGACAAUGCGUCCGCCCUCUACGAGGCUUGCAAGAAUGAGCACGAGGAUGUGGUGGAGUUCCUGCUCUCGCAAGGCGCCGACGCCAACAAGGCCAACAAGGAUGGCAUGCUCCCGCUGCACAUCGCCUCCAAGAAGGGCAACUACAGGAUCGUGCAGAUGCUGCUGCCGGUGACCAGCCGCACGCGCGUGCGCCGUAGCGGCAUCAGCCCGCUGCACCUGGCCGCCGAGCGCAACCACGACGGGGUGCUCGAGGCGCUGCUGGGCGCGCGCUUCGACGUGAACGCGCCGCUGGCGCCCGAGCGCGCGCGCCUCUACGAGGACCGCCGCAGCUCGGCGCUCUACUUCGCCGUGGUCAACAACAACGUGUACGCCACCGAGCUGCUGCUGCUCGCCGGCGCCGACCCCAACCGCGACCUCAUCAGCCCCCUGCUCGUGGCCAUCCGCCACGGCUGCCUGCGCACCAUGCAGCUGCUGCUGGACCACGGCGCCGACAUCGACGCCUACAUCGCGACGCACCCCACCGCCUUCCCCGCCACCAUCAUGUUCGCCAUGAAGUACCUGUCGCUGCUCAAGUUCCUCAUGGACCUGGGCUGCGACGGCGAGCCCUGCUUCUCGUGCCUGUACGGCAACGGCCCGCACCCGCCCGCGCCGCCGCGCUCCAACCGGUUCAGCGACACGCCCGCCACCGACAAGGAGCCCGCCGUGGUCCAGUUCUGCGAGAUCCUGUCUGCCCCAGAGGUGAGCCGUUGGGCAGGGCCCAUCAUCGACGUCCUCCUGGACUAUGUGGGCAACGUGCAGCUCUGCUCGCGGCUGAAGGAACACAUCGACAGCUUCGAGGACUGGGCUGUCAUCAAGGAGAAGGCAGAACUUCCCAGACCUCUGGCUCACCUGUGCCGGCUGCGCGUGAGAAAGGCCGUGGGGAAGCACCGCAUCAAGCUCCUGGACGACCUGCCGCUCCCCGGCAGGCUGAUCAGGUACCUGAAGUACGAGAGCACCCAGUAACCGAGGCUGCGAGGAGGAGCGGCUCCUCAGACUGUUUCACUAAAGCCUCAGGACGGAGGCGGCGGCCCCAAGCCCCAGGGGAGGGGACCUGGUGGUAGACAGAGGCUGUGGGCUGCCGGCCGCGCGGCUGGGGCAGCUGCCGCCUCCUUGCCAGGUCUCUGGGCCCGAGCUUUGCCCGGACCAGAGAACAGAAUGUGUCAAGUAGAAGAAAAACCGUGUUUGUUUUCAAACUGCUGAGUAGACCCCGGACCUUCUCUGCCAUUGGGAAUGGCGGAGCCUCCAUCCCUGGGCCUGGGAGGGGGGCGCAGGGCAGAACUUGGGGUGGCCUGGGGGAAGGUGGGAGCCAGCAGGGAAGCCCUGGCCCCAACGCUGGGCUGUGGCUGGAGCACUUUCAGGGAUGAGUCUGCCUUUCCAAGACAACCUAGCUGCGGGGCUGUCCCCGUCCCCUCCCCCUUUGCUCCGCAAAACUCUCCACUUGACUUCUGAGCUUUCUUCUCGGAGGUGUGGUCUGGUGGGGGUGGCUGGGAGGCCCACCUUAAGUACAAUAAAUGUUGCAGAGAUGA